UAUAAAGAAUUAAGAAAUAAAUAUUUAUUUAUUAUUAAUAACAAGUAUAACUGAAUAACUGAAAUAGUGGAUUAUUAUAAAAGUGUAAAAAAGGAGAAUAAGAAAAUCUUAAGAAAAUUUAACAAAAAGUCAAAAAUUUUCUUUGAUGAUAAAUUAACAAUGAUUGCCGCUAGUAGCAGUUUAUAUUUGUAAAUCUACGAUAAUUUUGUUUAAAUGGAAGCAAAGGUUUAAGCAAAAUUUUAAGUAUGCCGUACAAAUUCAUUUUUGUAAAAAUAAAUUGUUCGCGUUUUAGUGAAAAAUCCUUCAAACAUAAAUAAAUAAAUAUUUUAACGAAUAAAAAAAAUAAAUAAAUAACUUAAAUAAGCAACAACAACAAAGAAAUUAUAAUAAAUUUACUUAAAAAUAAAUAAUUAAUUAAUAAAUACCUAAUUAAACAAAACAAAAAAUUAAAACACAACAAAUUAAGUUAUAAGAAGAUAACAACAACAACAAAAACAAGUGAUUAAAACCAAAAUCUAAAACAAAAUUUUAAAAAUAUUAAACAAAGAAAUUUUAAGUAAAACUUACUAAAUGAAUGCAAACGAAAAACGAAUGACUAGAAAUUAUAAAGAGAACAAAAAUAUUAGACGAAAUCAAACUCACUCAUACCGCCAUCAAAAAACAGCCGAAAAAUACCGUACACAACAAACACAUCGUCAUACACCACUACAACUCACACACAUACAAACCACAUAGAUAAAUAAACAAACAUAAAUAGAAGAGAGAAAAGCAAAAGAAGGAAAACGAAAUCAAAUCAAAUCCAUUGAUUCUCAAAUGCCCGAUACCAGUAUUGGUCGACGACACAACAAACUACAAAUCAAACAAUUGUGCAAAUCAAUGAAAAAUUGUCGAAAACACAAAAGGCUAAAGUCAACAACAAUAAUAAAACACAUUAGCUUCAAUUGUGAACGAUUAACAACGACUAAAUCGACUAACAAUUACAACAACAUUUGCCAAAAACAUUAGCUUAAAGCUUCAACAGGAUUAAGCAAGUCGAACAGCAACAGCAAGAAACCCAUAAUUAUAAACGAAUUUUUGAUACAACCCGAUUAACAACUCUAUUUUAACUAUAAAACGGAUCCAGCAUUUAUCCAAAUUGGAUAAGUCAUGCAGCAGGCCGAACAGCAACACAAUGGUAUGAUAAGCUUAGGUGACGCAGCCGGUGGCCCAGCAAGUUCCCAUGGAGCGGGCGCGGGCAAGAGGGCACAAGUUAGUGGCGGACGAUUUGAUUUUGAAGAUGGCGGCACAUAUUGUGGUGGUUGGGAUGAGGGUAAAGCGCAUGGUCAUGGUGUGUGCACCGGACCAAAACAUCAGGGAGCUUUUGCUGGAGCCUGGAAUUAUGGCUUUGAAGUAUCGGGAGCGUAUAUAUGGCCAAGUGGUUCCCACUACGAGGGUCAGUGGCAAAAUGGACGACGCCAUGGCCUGGGAGUAGAACAAAUAGGCCGACAAGUGUAUCGUGGUGAAUGGUCGAAGGAUGGACACAAAGGACGUUAUGGUGUGCGUGAGAGUACAGUAUCAACGGCACGUUACGAAGGCACCUGGAAUUUGGGCUAUCAGGAUGGUUAUGGUUGUGAAACAUACGCUGAUGGAGGUAAAUACCAGGGCCAGUGGCAAGAAGGAAAACGACAUGGCUACGGCAUACGCACUUCUGCACCAUUUGGCCUGGCCUCCCAUCACAAACGCAAAGACGUGCACGCCUCAUUAAGUUCGCUGCGUAGUAAUGAAAAUGCCGCAAAUGCGGUAAAAACUGCCACUCGAACGGAGGAAGUAAGAGGUGGAUUUGUGCUUACGGCUAAAUCUGAUAAGUUGCCGGCGCGACGAAACAGUUUGUCCGAGAAAACGAAAAAAGGCUUUUUAUCGGGUUUAAAAAUGCGAAAGCAGCGUAGUACUGGUGAUCUGGAGAAACGGGGAACUUUAGCCUCGGGUAGUAUACGUUCAACAAUGUCUACUGCCUCCUGGCUUAGUACAGGCUCAGAACAGUCCAACUUAACAGCAAAAUCUAUGCACACAGAUUCCAAUGCCAGCUUUACUAUGGAAGACGAACAACUGGAUCCCAGUGUGGUGGAAACUUAUAUGGGUGAAUGGAAGAAGGACAAACGCUGUGGCUUUGGUGUGGCCGAACGCAGUGAUGGCCUUAAAUACGAGGGUGAGUGGUAUAACAACAAGAAACAUGGCUAUGGUGUGACCACGUUCCGUGAUGGUUCGUUUGAGGAGGGCAAAUACAAAAACAACAUACUUAUUACCAGUCAAAAGAAAAAGCAUUUGUUUAUUGCCCGUUCACGCAAGUUCCGAGAACGCAUCUCUGCUUCGGUGACGUCGGCUCAGCGCGCUCUCAAAAUGGCUAUGCAACGUUCAGAUAUCGCCAUCUCGCGUACCGGAACUGCCAAUACCAAGGCCCAAAGUGCUGAUAUUGCGGCCGAUCAGGCACGCGUCGACUGUGAGUUUGCGGUGCAAAUGGCCCGGGAAUUUGCUCCCGAUUUUAAGCCAACUGUGCUGGAACGUUUUGAAAAGUUAAGGUUUCGCGAACGACACAAGGGACCAGCAGUGGGUGCCACACAAUAUGCCAGUAGUAAUGCGGCUGCAGAAUCAUAUGCUGGCACUGCGGUCGCCCAACGACCCUCGGGUAUGCAAAAGAACCGAGAUGGCUCUCAGCCUCAACAGGAGGCCGAGUUUCCAGUACCCAGCUCUAUGUAUUCCCAACAGUUGCCAGUUUCUCCACAAACUGAUUUGUCUGCCAUGGUAAAUCAACCACAAAUGAGUGCCAUAAAUACAAUCAAUCAGAUGUACCAUCAGCAGCAGCAACAACAACAACAGCAGCAGCAAAAUAAUCCACAAAUGAAUCCCGCAUAUCAAUACCAGCCGCAGCAACCGCCAGGGCCCAGUUAUGCGCACAGUAACUUAAGUGGCACUGGCAGUGGAAGUCCGCAAAUGUCGCAAUUGCAAAAGGAUAAUAACAUUUUUAAAAAUGCUGAAGCCGUGCACACGGCCAGCAAUUUGCCGCAACAACAGCAGCAGCAGCUGCAGCAACAGCAGCAAUUGCAAAUGCAACAACAGCAGCAGCAGCAACAACAACAAGCAUAUCAGCAACAACUGAUGCAGCAAAGACAGCAACAACAAUUGUUACAACAACAACGACAACAACAGCAAUUGCAGCAGCAACAACUGCAACAACAACAGCUCCAGCAGCAGCAACAACAACAACAGCAGCAGCAGCAAUCAAACAUGGACUCUCCCAUGUAUGGCAGCAAUCAAGUUCGUCGACCCUCUCAAAUCCAAUACCAGCAACAACAACAAAUGUUGCAACAAGAACAAAUGGAUAGCAUGAAUCGUUCCAAUAAACCACCCAUGAUGGGUCAAAUAGGUCAGCAAUCCUCAAUCGAUCAUUUCGAUCACUACAAACGACCACCCAGUCGGGACUCAUCCAUCGAUCGCUACGCCCGAGCAGCCAGUCGCCUGAGCGGUGGCUUUGGAUCACGUCAAGCUUCAGUGGAUCGUGGGGCCAGCAGUGCCGGAACAACGGCUAAUGACAGCGGCAUGCCAGAGCAAAGACAACGUGCUGGCUCAGUAUUUCGCGGAUCAACACCAGCUCCAUCGGCCGGUAAUACGCCCACCACCGGCAACGGUUCAGUUCCUACGGGAUCGGGUCGUAUGUCACGCGCGGCAACGCCCAGCUUAAGCACUAACUCUCCUACCGGCACCACCACAACAACAGAAGCCAUGUUUUCGAAACCCAAUCAACCGUUUGAAGAUAUACUCCUGCGUCAGCGUACUCUGGGCCAGGAUAUCAUUCCCUCGCCCUUGCAGCCAAAACGCACAGAAAGUCUGUAUAUGCCCGUAAAGCCGGCGACACCAAUGGCAGCAGCUGCCGGAGGUGGUGGAGGCAAUAAAAAAUUAAAGAGCGUUCCUAUUAAUGUUACGCUACAGCGUAAGAAAUCUUUGCCCGAUUUCCAAGAACUGCCACGUGCCACAGAGGCUAUGAGCCGCGAGGAGGUAUCUGCUUUGGGCUCAGCUAGACGUGAGGCGGUACGACGACAAAUUGAAAUGAAUGAAAAGCUCAAAGCGAAUCCAUUGCUAUAUCUCGUCAGUCCACAAGUUAAAGAUUGGUUCUCACGACAACAGUUGGUGCUCUUGGUGCUUUUUGUAAACAUUAUAUUGGCCAUAUUAUUUUUCAAAAUGCUGACAUAGCGUAAAUUUUUUCACCCACAACUACAUGAGACAGACGCAUAUACAUACAUAUAAAUAUUUUAUUUAUUUUUAUCUAUAAAUUACAUUUUACAUUGUUUUCAAUUUAGAUACUUACAUAAUAUGUAUAAUUUGUAAUAGAUUAAACUCCAUGUUGUUGCACACACACUACAAUACAAUACAAUACAAUACAACUCUGGCCAGGAAGUGGGCGUGUGUUUUUGUGGGCGUGUGUGUGUGUUAACAUGAAGACAUUUUGGUAUCAGGAGUCCAUUAACAUCCCAUUGUCGAUAUUACUUAAUAUUUGUAUAUCUACCAUACAUUUAACAAUUAAUUUUUAAAUGAACUUGUGUCGAAUUUAAACAAAACAAAAAAAAAACAAUUUAAAUUUUUACAAAAAGAAACCAUUUGUAGGCAAAACAAUUGUGUUUCUUUUUUACAUAAUACCACACAUAUUUACAUAUAAUAAUAAAUAAAUCUUUAAUUCUUUUUAGCAUUUGCAGUGAAAUUGUAUAAAAUAUUUUAUUAUAAUUCAAGGAAAAUUUACUCACUCUACUGCAGAAUUGUAAAAAAUGCAAAAAAAUAAAAAAAAAAAAAAUUUGUGCAAAAAAAUAAAUAAAACUAAAAUACAAUUUUACAAUAUAUUAGAACAAAUAUAUAUCUUAUAUAAUAAUAAUAUGUACUCUAUGUAUAUUGUAUAUAUAACUACAUAUUUAUUUAUUUAAUUUAUUAUUUUUAAUUUUUAAUUUGAAGAAGAGGAAACCCAAAACAAAAUCUCCUAUAAACCAAAAAAACACAUUUAGAAUUUUAUUUUCUUGAUUUCUAUUUUAUAUUUUUAAAGGAAUUUUUUUAAAAUUGACAAAUUUUUAGAAGAUGAUUCGUUUACUUGCUAUUUUUUACUAUUUUUACUACAUAUUAGUAGUAAAAAUUCUUACAAAAUAGCAAACAAACGAACAGUCUUAAUAGUUAUAAUGUCAAUAGCAUUUCAAUUUGGAAAUGCUUUAAAAACAAAAACAAAUAAAAAAUAUAUAUUUAAUAAUACAUAUUUAAUAAUAGUACAUAAUUACUAGACAACCUAAAAAAAAAAGAAGAAAAUAAUACUUAAAACAAUUAUAAAAGAAAAUUAAUGAAAAGAAAAACAAACUAAACGAAUUUUAUACACUUUUUAAAAGCUCUCAAUCAACUAUAUAUAAUUAGAUCAAAAUUUAAUUAAAUUAUAAUAUAAUUAUAUAAAAUGAAAAGAAAACAAAACAAAAACAAAUAAAUUUUACACUAUUCUUUAGAUAUAACAAAAGUAUAUAGUAUACUGAACAAAAUAGCUCCCUUUCCAGUAACGGAUCCAGCUUAAAAAUUCGUUUAAAAAGGAAAAAUGUUUUUUAAAUUUCAUAUAUUAUGUUUGUAUUUUUUUUUUAUAAGGGUCUAUAUCUUUUUCGUACUGGAUCCGCUUCUGCUGGCCAAUCCCUUAUACGACUGAUUCUUAUUAUUCGUAUUUGAAAUGUUAAACUUGAUUUUUUUUGGAAAUAAAUUCUAGAUUAUUUAUCUUUUAUACAAAAA